AUGGCCGCCUCCUCAGCGACGUCGGCGGUGCGCCGAACCGUCCACGCGACCAUCCACUCCCUGUCCAGCGCAUCUGCCGACUUGACCAGAGCGGCGAUAAGCCUUCCCUCCACCUAUUCCAACUAUGUCACAUCAAAUUCCUCCUCGGUCUCUACCAUUGAGAGCAGUUUGCGCUCUUUGACGUAUCUCCUUCCUGGUGCCCGGUUCCACGACACCGAACUCGCCUCGGAGUCGGUGCAUACUUUCGUUCAACUCUUGUCCAUAUAUCACGAUCAUCUCCUGAAGAAUCGCGCCGCGUCGCUGGCGCUGACUCCUUCCGUUCUUAAAGUAAAAAACCUCAAACUUCAGAAGCCGAAGCCAUCUCUCCAUGCACGCUACACGACAUUCUGGACGUCGUCAUCGUCCCUGUAUAAUAAGAUUGCGACGGUCCUGAAAAUCGCCCAAUAUACCGAGCUGCUGUGGGAGAUGAUCGCGAGACGCCGAGGUGGGGAGAAGGCCAAGUGGCGCGUGGUGGUGCUGCUGGAAUCUUUCAAGGCCAUCUGUCGGCUGUUGCUGAUGCGCCUCACCAACUUACGACCAACGGUCACCCCGCCUAUGCCAAUGAGGGAAGACUUUGCUCCCGUGGAACCGGAGGAGCAAGAUGAGGAGCUUGACAUGGAUGAAUUGAAGUCAGACAACUUCGAUGUCAAAGAUGCCUUGGGUGACGCUGGUGUCCCUACACCACCCCUAUCGGACUCGGGAAAACACCGCCCAUCUUCCUUGUCCAUCACAGAACCGUAUAGCAUGCCUCGCACGGGGCUCACCCUUCCUACGCUACCCUCCCCUGAUACCGUCUCCAGCUAUCUCCUCAACCAUGUGCUGACGGCCGACGAUGUCAAGCCCGCCAAACAAUUGCUCCACCAACUCACCACUUUGCGAGGACAGGCUGCCGAGAUCAUGUACAUCUUACGGCCUUUGAUCUACGCGCUGCUGAUGCAACGUAUUGCUCGUACCUACGGCUAUGAAGGGAACAAAUGGAAGCGCAACUGGACACCCUGGCUGGUCGGAGUUUCCAUUGAAUAUCUUUCGCGGCAACUGGCAAAGAGAGACCUCGCGGCACGAGUUCCCGGCGGUGCACGAUCAGGUCUCUCGGCAUUGGAGCGUGACGAGUUGAAGAAGCGUGGCUGGCAGCUUGCAUGGUGGAGCAUGCGAGGCGCGUUUUACGAGAAUAUCACGAAAGUCUGGGUGCAUGGUGCCGCCGCUUCAUUGAAAGGCAAACCCAUUCUCGACUUGGUUGGAGGAAUCAUUGAGGAAUACGAGUUCCUAUGGAGUAACUACUACUUCAGCACGUCGACAAUGUGA